CUCCAUCCCCCGAUCCUUGCAUUUGAGGUUUAAAGAUCGAUGUGAACUCCACCUCCUCUUCCUCCAUUUAAGAGCAAAUUUAGGUGAGGCUAGCAGCUAGGAAAUUGGGGAUCAUCAGGGGCACGUACUCUCACACUACGUAUGUAACUCCUUCUUAUUGUCAUACACAUUUCUAGCUCUCUUUAUUAUCAAGGAGAAAAGGGAGGGUGCAGGGUGGUAUUUACAUUCGAGCCGGGUUUAUUUAAUUAAUAAUGAAGGGUCUGCGGCACUACUUGUUGUGGACCUUGUGCCUGCUACAAACGCUAUGCAAGUGUCCCUUGGUUGCUCAAGGCCUCGGGUGCAAUUGGGGAACACGCGCUACACAUCCAUUGCCGCCUGAUAUUGUAGUUCAGCUAUUGAAGGACAACGGCUUCAACAAAGUGAAGCUCUUCGAGGCUGAGCCUGAGCCACUCAAGGCCCUGGGAAAUUCCGGGAUCCAGGUUAUGCUUGGUAUACCCAAUGAUUUCUUAGCAUCACUUGCCAGCAGCGUUAGGGUUGCAGAGGAUUGGGUGCAGCAAAACGUAUCCUCUUAUGUUUCUAAAAACGGUGUGGACAUAAGGUACGUAGCUGUGGGUAAUGAACCGUUCCUCAGUUCCUACAAGAACACCUACAAAGGCAUCACCUUUCCGGCGCUCAAAAAUAUCCAAGCGGCGCUCAUAAAAGCAGGGCUAGCGAGACAGGUGAAAGUCACCAUCCCAUUGAACGCCGACGUGUACCAAAGCGCCAGCAACCUCCCAUCAGGCGGCGACUUCCGUUCAGACAUACAUUCACUGAUGGUGUCCAUCAUCAAGUUCCUCAGUGACAACGGCUGCCCACUCGCCAUCAACAUCUAUCCUUUCCUCAGCCUCUACGCCGACCCAAACUUCCCCGUCGACUUCGCGUUCUUCCCCAACUCUAGCACUUCUCCUCCUUCUCAUCCGCUGGUGGACGGCUCCAUCACCUACACCAACGUCUUCGAAGCAAACUAUGACACCCUCAUCUGGGCUCUUGAAAAGAACGGCUUCCCUUCCAUGCCAGUCAUCAUCGGUGAGGUUGGAUGGCCCACCGAUGGUGAUCCCAACGCCAACCUCGUCAAUGCCCGCAGGUUCAACCAAGCCCUGAUUGACCGCAUUCUCCGGGGCCAGGGUACCCCAAAACGACCCAACCAGGCCCCCGAUGUCUACCUCUUCGCUCUCAUCGACGAGGACGCCAAGAGCAUCCAGCCGGGAAAUUUCGAGCGCCAUUGGGGCAUCUUCUACUACGAUGGAGGAAUCAAGUACAAGCUGGACGUGGGUCAUGGUAAGAGCUUGGUCCCUGCCAAGGGCGUCAAGUAUCUGGCCAGGCAGUGGUGCGUGAUGUCGCCUGAUGCCAGUAUUGUGGACCCCAACCUGGUACCCGGCGUCAGCUACGCUUGCACCUAUGCGGAUUGCACCAGCCUAGGGUACGGGUCUUCCUGUGGCGGGCUGGAUGCCAAGAGCAACGCUUCCUAUGCCUUCAACAUUUAUUAUCAGACGGCCAACCAGCAGAAGGGGGCAUGUGGAUUCCAUAACCUUUCGGCUAUUACAACUGUGGAUCCAUCUCAGAAUUCCUGCCGCUUUGAGAUAAUGAUCGACGUGGGAAAGCAUGUCCGCCCUCGGAAUGCCCCCGGUACCACUACUACCUCUUCUUCGGCAACUAUACUUCCAAAUCUACUCAUUCUUUCCUGCUUCCUCGUCUCUAUGACAUGGAAGAUCAUUAAUAUUCACUAAUGGUGUGGUCAUUCGUUCGAUCAAUUCUCUCAGACGUCAGCCGGGUGUGCGUGUCAGUGUGUGAAUGAAAAUUUAUGUCAAAUCCUGGAACCAACUUAAUUUCUGCCCUGCAAUCUCCAAACACAAUGAAAUAAGGAAAAAAAAAAAGAGAGAGAGAAAGGGAAAGGUUCCGGCUAAUUGUUAUUUCCACUGUAGUGACAAAAUGAGUUAGCACUAAAGUUUCAUUGCUCUUAUUUUC